CAGUCAGACUCAGCCGGACCCCACACCUUCUUGAGUUCUAAUCGUUCCUUCGAUAGCUGCUGCCAGGCGUGUGCAGGAGCUGGCUGAUGGAGCUAGCAGCGACCUCAUCCCAUGUGAAGAAGCGGAGAAUCACGCCCGUCUCCGUUUCUUCUUCUUCUUCUGCUAACAUCAUACCUGCGCUGUCCCUCGCCCGCCCGCGCCGCCCGUCAUUGACAGCGUAGGAAUGCCUCUCUCCCUCGAACCUACGUGAGAAAAAGCAGCACCGCUCCGCUCCGCCAUGGCCGAGUCGCCCUCGCCAACCCACCUGAGCCCAGCCGCUGCCGCUGCCACUCCCACUCCCCCGGAGAAGGACGCCGCGCCCGGCAUCGUCCCGAGCCACGGCAUCAGUAUCAACGUUCCUGACCACGGCGGACACCACUCGAGACACCCCGUGCGACAUGUAUCUGCGCCGACAUAUCAAAGUCCGCUGCGACACCACGCACGAGCACCCUCACGAUCCAAAGGCGUCAAAGAGACCCUCGACGCCCGGUCACACUAUGGCAGCAGCGAUGACGAUGGCGGGGCCGUCCACCGCAUUAACCAAUAUAUGAUAAAGCAAGAGAUUGGAAGAGGCAGUUUUGGGGCAGUACAUCUGGCAAUAGACCAGUACGGUCACGAAUAUGCUGUUAAAGAGUUUUCCAAAUCUCGGCUACGAAAGCGAGCGCAAUCGAAUCUGUUGCGGAAGCCGAAUCAACACAGGAGGCCGGGCCACCUAUCUGCAGGCGGAGGAUUCAAUUCACCACUACAUCGACACACCUCAUCCGAUAAGCUCAAUGGCGUCAACAAUUCGCUUGAGCUCAUUAAGGAAGAAAUCGCCAUUAUGAAGAAAUUGGAUCAUCACAAUUUGGUUUCACUCAUUGAAGUCCUGGACGAUCCGCAAGAGGACUCACUGUAUAUGAUACUCGAAAUGUGUAAGAAAGGCGUUGUGAUGCAUGUCGGGCUCGACCAUCGCGCGGAGCCAUACGACGAAGAGAAAUGCCGCGACUGGUUCCGCGACAUGAUUCUCGGCAUCGAGUACCUGCACGCGCAAGGCAUCAUACACAGAGACAUCAAACCAGACAACUGCCUCAUCACUCAUGACGAUGUUCUCAAGAUCGUCGACUUUGGCGUAAGCGAAAUGUUCGAGAAAGAAUCUGAAAUGCACACAACAAAAUCAGCAGGAAGCCCAGCUUUCAUGCCGCCCGAGCUUUGCGUGGUCAAGCAUGGACCCGUGAGUGGCAAAGCCGCAGAUAUCUGGAGCAUGGGUGUCACACUGUAUUGCUUGCGCUACGGACGCAUACCCUUCGAGAAGUCAAACAUGCUAGAGUUAUAUGAGGCUAUCAAAAGCGACGAACCUCAGCUCGAGGAGGAGAAAGACGACACAUUCACAGACCUGAUCCGCCGAUUACUGGAGAAGGAUCCAGAUAGGCGUAUCACCAUGGCUGAGCUUCGCGAGCAUCCAUGGGUCACCCGGAACGGAACGGAUCCGAUGAUGCCUGCAGAAGACAACUGCGCAACGCUCGUCGAGCCUCCAACUGACGCAGAGAUGAACGAAGCUAUCACUGGCAACAUGGCACAUCUCAUGACGGUGAUGAAAGCAGUGAAGCGAUUCAAGAAGCUCAUCUACCGGAAGCGGCCUCAAUUCAUGGAAGGUCUCUUUGGCCGCGAAUCGCGACUAUCAGCGCCGCCAUCCGCUGUGCACCGAUCAUCUCGGAGCGUUGAUGCAUCAGACCGCCGACCAGUGGAGUCAGCUCUGGUAGUUGAAGGCGUGCACCGUGAUAUGGAGGAAGAACUUCCAAAGGGACCAGACGUUGGCAGACGUGGCCGCGAAAGUCCACAAACGCCGCCAUCGCCAUUUGAUAGCACCGGAACGGAGGCACGGAGUUUCGGAUCAGAAUCAUCGCAUCCUCUAGCUGCUCAACCAAUGUCGGCAUCCGAUGACCACCUCGAACGACCGCACUUGGACCACAAAGCCAGCACGUUCCCGCUGGAUGAGCGAGGCAAGGGUCAAGCUCACGAUCCACUGGAAGACCGAAUUUACCUCAACAUUGGUGCUGGUGGCGAUACCGAGGGUACUGACGACAAUGGUCAGUUCUUGGUGUGCGAAAGCCCCAGCGGUGUCGACGAUGACAUCUACGAGGCUGCUUACCAAAAGGAACUCGAGCGCAUAUUGAAUGACCGCGACAACGCCAGUGUGGUCUUGGUGCGGCGUGUUGAACACAUCGAACGCCUUCGACGACAUCCAAACGUCCUGGCAUCAUCGAUCAAUCAUGCCAUCGAUUUUGCCGGCACGACCGCAUCUAGGACUCGCGCUCGUGCACGUACGAGUCGGCUGGCUUCAUUUGCACGCGACAAACGAGACCGAGCUCGAGCCAACGUCAAUGAGCGCAUUGAUCAACGUGCUGCAGAUCGCGCUAAUGAAGAGGGGCGUGAUCUUUCUACUCCUACUCUCAUGGUCAACAGCGAAGCAGCUGCGUCAGCAUCACCGCUGCCAAGUCCUGGCAUUACAGUACCCAGCGGACUCACAACGCCUCCGUCCCGAUCUCGAACGCCAAACAGUGAACGACGACUGCGUGAUGCGGCGAAAUUUCAGGCAGGGCAGACUCUGAAAGGCGUUGCAAGACGACUGAACGAAACCGCUUCCAGGCUCGAAGCCCGAAGCAACAGCAGCCCAAGCGGCACUGUGUCACCUUAUCCAGAAACCUGAGGCUCAUCUUUAGCUUUCCGGAGUUGCAAACAUUUCAGCCAUAUCGCGCCCUGGCCCCUGCUACCCCCUUGGUAUAACUUGUAUCAAAAUAGUGUAUAUGAUGGCAUAACAGCAUGACAGGGACAUGUACUACAUGUAGCUGGCGCCGGUCGCUUGCUCAGUCUCUUGUUGGAUGUGCUUUAGCGUGGAGUUGGGAUGGCGAAAAGCAACAUUGAGUCGCCGAGUCGCUACAUAUUAUGAAGCAUAGCACAGCAUAUCACGACAUCAUGGCUCUUGCCUACUCAACAACUUACAUUGGUUUC